AUGAAAAAAUCCCUCCGCCAGUUCUCCGUCUCAUCUCAAUAUCCACUCCUUUCAGGCUUAGCCAUGGCCACGCUGCUGAGGAAAGUGUGGGGAUCCGUUUCCAAUCGUUCUUCUUCCACCUCCAACUCACCCUUCCAAAUAGCUUCAUCUUCGUAUGUUGCAGCGACCUCAUCGGAUUCAUCAUCGCUGGGAGCUUUGUUCGAUAGUAUCCCGCUGGAUAUUCUGCUACAGAUACUCAGGUUGGUGGGCCCCAAGGACACCAUCAAGCUCAGUUGCGUUAGCCGAGCCUGGAGAUUGCUUGUGUCCGAUAAUCGCCUUUGGAUUUACUUCCUCCAAAACCACCAACACCACGGGGAUCAAUGGGACUCUGUUUUCUUCGCCGAGAUGAACUUAAGAGCCGGCUAUCCUCUCCAACCAUUCCCAAGUCACACGGGAGAGUUAUCUUUCAUGCGCAUUUAUGGUCAACGUGCACAAGUCUCUGGUUCUGUUGUUAUUGAUGGUGGUUCCGGCUAUUGCAAGUUUGGUUGGAGCAAGUAUGCUUGUCCAUCUGGGCGGUCGGCUACUUUUCUGGAGUUCGGUAACAUCGAAUCUCCAUUGUAUUCUAGACUUCGACAUUUUUUUGCCACAAUCUAUAGCAGGAUGCAGGUUAGACCAUCCACUCAACCCAUCGUCCUUUCCAUUCCAUUAUGUCAUUAUGAUGAUACUGAUUCCACCAAAGCAUCAAGAAGGCAGCUUAGAGACGCCAUCCACACUGUCUUGUUUGACAUGAAUGUUCCUGCUGUUUGUGCUGUCAGUCAGGCAACUUUAGCUCUCUUUGCUGCAAGACGAACAUCUGGAAUUGUUGUUAACAUUGGUUUCCAAGUUACAACUGUUGUUCCAAUUUUAAAUGGGAAAGUUAUGCAUAAGGUGGGUGUUGAAGUCAUUGGGCUGGGAGCAUUGAAACUCACAGGAUACCUCAAGGAGCUCUUGCAGCAGAACAACAUUAACUUUGAAUCGUUGUACACUGUGCGGACACUGAAAGAGAACCUAUGCUACGUUGCUACUGAUUAUAAAACAGAACUAUCAAAAGAUACUCGAGCAUCAUUGGAUGUUCCAGCUGUGGGCUGGUUUACUCUGUCAAAGGAACGCUUUCAAACUGGAGAGAUCUUAUUCCAGCCACGUAUUGCAGGAGUGCGUGCCAUGGGACUGCAUCAGGCGGUAGCACUUUGCAUGGAUCAUUGCUAUGCUGCAGAAUUGACAGGUGAUGAUACUUGGUUCAAGACUAUAGUUUUGUCCGGGGGAACUGGAUGUUUACCAGGACUAGCAGAGAGAUUAGAGAAGGAGCUAUAUGAGAUUCUUUCCCCUUCUGUAGCAAAUGGAAUAAAAGUCAUUCCUCCUCCUCAUGGUGCUGAUACUGCAUGGUUUGGGGCAAAGUUUAUCAGCAACUUAAGCUCAUUCCCAGGGUCGUGGUGCAUAACCAAGAAGCAGUUCCGACGUAAAUCGAAGGCCAACAUCAUGUGGUGAAGCAUAUUGGGGUACUGGUACGUUCUAAAGUCGAUCAUCUUCAUCGUGACUGUUGUAUUUGUAUAGUAAUAAUGCAGCAUACCUUGGUUUCUUGGCGUGGCAAGAUAUAUGGUAGCACUAUUAAGCUACUGUAAUCUUUUUUCUUCCUGGCCUGGAUUUAAGAAAUAAAGGGCAUAGUAUAAUAUAGCACAAC